AUGCACGUAGGCAGCACACCAGCCUACAUUUCGCAUCACAUCACCUCUGCAAACGACAACAACAACUUUACUAACAUCAACAACAUCAACAAAAACAUCAUCCUGAACAACAACAACAACAACAUCGAUAAUAACAUCAACAUCAGAAGCCACAGCAACGGCAGCAGCAACUACAAAAUCGCCUCAAUCGCCACCUCAACAUCCACUGCCGCCUCUGCCAACAAUUGUAAGCAAUCAAUUUACACAUUGGAUGCUCUGCCAGGUCAGCGCAUUCGAAUAUCGAUAACCGAUUUUACUCGCUGGAUACCGACGGAUCGGCCAUCUCCGUUUAAUGAUGAAUAUGACGUGGCUUUUAACGAUGGUGGUGAUGACGAAAAGUUGAUCGACGACCAUGAUGAUGAUGAUGACGACAAUCGAGUUGUCCGAAAUAAGCUCUGCGAACAUGACAUCAUCAACAACAACAUCACCAACAUCAACACCACCACCACCAACAACAACUACAUCAACAACAACAGCAUCAACAAAAACACCAACAACAACAUCAACAACAACAGCAUCAACAACAACAGUAUCAACAACAACACCAACAACAACAACCACUACAUCAACAACAGCAUCAACAACAACAACCACCUGAAGGCAGGCAGCACAAUAUACGGUUACAUCAUUGAUUCAAAGACCAAAGACAACAAAACCAUCUGUCGGACGAAAAACGACAUGACGAUGACGUCAAGCGGAAGCAGUGUUGAGCUGCUCUUGAUGAAUUACCACCAUGACGAACGCUACGAUGGCAGCUUUAAAAUUCUCAUCCAAUAUCGAGCUAUCGGAUGCCCGGACCUGACUCCGCCAUCUACGGCCUGGUUCAGACGAGUGAAUGACACGUGUGAAGUCGGCUGCUACGACACUGACCAAUCGUGGCAUCUCAUUUGCAUCAACGACCAAUGGCAAGGCGUUCUAGGAAACUGCUCAACCAAUAAGGGAGGAAUGAGAUUUCAAAGAAUGUCAGAUCAGAACUUUUCCAAUGGGAUCAUGAUACUGCUUGUGAUUGGCUGCUCGCUGGUGAUUGCCCUGGUCAUUAUAUUAGUGGGCGUGGCUUACGUCAAGUCGAUCAGAAGUCUGACGGAGAUGGACUACAAGCAGUGGAAGAAGGAGCAACAACUUCUGCAGCAGCAACAACAGCAGCAGCAACAACAACAUACAUUUCCGCAACAGUAUCAACAGCAUUUGAUGAUGACUAAUGUUGACAAGGAGGCAUAUUUACUAAGUGACCCCUUUGUUGCCAACAAAUUUCAACAGCAGCAGCAGCAACAUUUGUAUCCACCAAUGGGCAAGCCACUGCCCAACGACAAAAUCGACAACAGCGAUUUGUUUGAAAACAGCGGUGGCGUGUUUUAUGACGCCACAACUCAACAACAACCGCAACAACAACUUCAACAAAAAUUUAUCAACACACACAAUAGCAACAAUAAUCCUCAACAAAAUGACUUCAACUGCAUCAUUGUUGAUCAUCUGAACGAGUAUUCGCAAAUUCUCGAUCCGCCCGCUGAUCUGACCAGGAAAAGUAACUUUAGCAACAACAUCAACAACAAUAUCACCAUCAACAACAACAUCAGCAACAAGAAUGUGGCUCCUCCUCUGCCACCACCACUUCCAACGACACUGCCAGCAUCCCUCGCGAACGACCCCUCUUCUCAAAACAGCAGCAACCCCAGCAGCGCCAACAACAAAAUUAAGGACGACAAUCGUUUCAACAAAUUGUUGUUGACGUAA